AUGGCGAACAAGAUGACAACUUUACUGUACUUUCUUCUCUGCGUAUCGUCUGUUAUAUCAAUCCCUGUAGACGAUCCAAUUCGAAUUGAUUUACCUGUUUACGAUCAACCUCGAUCCUCCUCGAAUGUAGUGAUAGCUCAGCCUUUGGAACCAGAAAAUCAUCCAGGAUCUAGUAAAACUCUCAACUCAGCCACUGGAAACCUUAUUCCCGAUAAGAAUCAUGAUGACAGCAACGUCCUGACCAAUAAAUUAAAUCCACAUUACCCAGCAGUCGGCUCUGUGAACACAGGUGGCGGGCUCUUUUCUAAUCCGGUGACAAAAAUUGAAGGCGCCUUUUUAGAAACAGAAGGAUAUGGAAGUAAGGUUCUUUCUGUAAAGGAAAAUGCGCAAAAUUUUGUUGCUGGCAUCUUUCAGCCAAAACCAUUAGUCGAUACGAUUAGAGAAGAAGAGAAAUAUGGAAACAAUGGAGACAAGUUUUAUAGCACCGGUCGUGCCGUUGUAGGAGGUGCUGAAGGAAUAGCCAAAUUUGUCAAUUCUAUUUUGGAGGUCCCAAGCUCCAUAAUAAAAUCCAUAACAAGGACAGCUACGGAAAAGUUGAACAAUUUAGGUGGCAAACUAAUAGGGUUA